UUAAAAACGGUCAUACAAAAUCUAUCAAAUCACAAGUUCAUUUAGCGUUUGUAAAUAUGGAUAAUACGGAUUCAAUAAAGUUAGAAGAAAAUGUAGCUCAGCAGUCCAUUGCUUUGAGACGGGAGUUACGAAGAAAGAAAAUUUUAGAAGCCUCCAAAUCGCGACUUGACAAAUUGAAUGGUCGAACUUCAGCGCUGCAGAAAGAUAGCCUCGAUGAUGGAGCUACAAAUACGCAAUAUUCCGAUCCUGAGGUGGAACCGGAUAUUCCUCUUAAACGUUCCUUUUUCCCGGAACAACCUGCACCAACGAAAACCAGCACUCCAAAUGUAUUACUAAAAAUCAGAGUACACAUAAUUUUGGCGGCGUGCGUUGGAUUCUUAUUAGCUCUAUAUACUAAUAGUAGCGUUUUUAUGCCUGUCUUACUUUUUGUGAUUGUAGAACUGGCAUUCUUGCAAUAUCAUAAACGCGACUAUUUACCGCCUAGUGUUGCACCGAUGUUACUUUUGUUUAUUAAUCCCAAUAUUACCAACAAAAUUAAUCAGUUUAGCAGUAUUUUCUUGAUUCUUCAGUCACUUUUGGGCGAUCUUGCCAUAACCGUGUGUGUAGUUUGCUCUGGAAGUAUAUUGUUAUUAAAUUUUAACACCGAAAUUGUUACUAUAGUUAAAUAAAGUGAACUUUGUUGAA